GAACUGAUCAAUGAUUGGGAGAAGUUAAAACUCACGGAGGACGAGGAAAUUGCGAUAGGCAAUAACUUGGGCGAUCAAGAAGAAAAUGACAUUGAAUUAAAAAUCUUGUUGAGUUCAGUGGCUAAAUUACUCACGAGCAAGCCAUUCAAUGUGGAAGCAAUGCAAAAGACAAUCCAACCUAUAUGGCGAAUUUCCGAGAAGAUCUCGAAAUACUACCCUUGCCUAUUGAAGAGUCGACCCUCAGCAAAGCCAAAAUCAACCAACUUCUCAAGAAAUAUUCGCCCAAAGAAAGGACGUUUCGCAACAAAUUUGAGCUGACGCUAUCGGACGAUGACGUCUUGCCCCAAUCCACAGAAGAACACACCGCCAAUACCAACGAGCCUACCAACGACACAAGUCAGUCCAUGGCAUCAGAAAAUACCAUGUCUACAAGAUCCAAGACACCGACCGUCGGUCUUUCUGAAGCAGAGAUGCUAGAACGUGCUAGGAAAAGAAAACUGGACGCAAGUGGUUUAACUGUGACGCCGUCCUCCAUGGGUGCUCCCAAGGUUGCUAAGACGACACCUCCAACGAACGCCCCGAAGCCAACCAAGACGCCACUAGCAGAGGGUGAAACCUUUACCAUCAGCCUCCCCAAAAACUUCUGCGAGAUCACUGCUCUGACCAUCUUUCCGUCGGCAGAGAAGCUAGCGUUCCCUGCCCCUCAGCGGCGCCUAGCUAGCUUGCCUCUGAUUACGGUGGCAAAUGAAGGGCUGGCCCUGCAAUUACAUGCCACCCAAAAUUCCUUGGCCCUGCGUUCCGCAACUAUCACACUAGAGAAGGAGUGCAAGACACUCCGAGAUAAGCUGGAUAGGUCCUCAUCAGCACUGACCGCAGCAGAGAAGAAGGUGACGGAGCUGAGUGCCGAACUGGCGAAGGAGAUAAACCAGAACGCCAGUCAUGUAGCUAGCAUGACGUCACCGAAGGAGGAGACAGACGCCAUGAUAGCUGGUCUCCGUGAGGAGUUGAUGGAUGCUGCCAGCCGAUACACCUGGAAGACCAAGGCUAGGCUGAUGAAACAAUUUAUGGAUGGGCAGACGUCUAAGUGGACUCCUGAAGCGGACGUCAGGCAAUUUCUGGAGGUGUUUGGGACACCAGAAGAUCUAGUCCCUGAAGGCGAGAAUAGUGCUGACGUCACGGCAACUGCCGAUUCUGGCGUAAACACAGAAACCGAUGGCGUCGCCUGACUUCUCCUGGUUCCUGCAAGGUGCUGCGUCACCUGUAAUGAUUAGUUAGUGCUUGUAAUAGAUGUUUUUGGGGUGCUGUGUCACCAAAACUUUAGUACUUUUAAUGUGUUUUGUUGCAAAACUUUUUUCUCUAUCUGGGUGUA